AUGGGUUGGUUUGAAGAAACCUACAUUUAUGGUGAUACAAAUCCCUACCGUGAACAUAUAAUUCAAUAUAAUAGGUUUAUUGACGACCUUAUAAUAGUUUGGAAGACAGAUGAAACAUCAGCUGAUAAAUUUGUUCAACAUCUAAAUAAUAAUAAAAUGGGAUUAAACUUCACCAAAGAAUGGAAUAAAAUAGAGAUAAAUUUCUUAGACAUUACACUAUAUGGGAAUUCUAAAUCCAACUCUGUAAACACAGCACUUUACCGUAAACCCAUAGCAGAAUGUAAUUUAUGCAAGGGUCAGUACGUAGGACUCACUACACGGGAUAUAAGGACACGUAUCAGAGAACAUCUGGGAGAUAUAAGAAACAAAAUUCCCUGUUCUGAGCUAAGUCGUCAUUUUAUUGAGGUCCAUAACCAAGGAACUCUCUUCAUUAAGUCCCAGCGUAUAUCGGCAUACAGAGGAGCAUUGGCCUAUUUCAAGGCACGGAUUGGAUACAGACCGUUCCCCACUGGCUUUCAUGGACAUUUUAGAAGCCGAAUCCGUAAUGAUAUAUGUCAGGAAUACCGCAAAGAAGCCAUGCCGCUACCUCCGCACGCAUUUGAAAAGAGGAUAAAAGAAAAUCCAGCAAAACACACAUUUUCCAGACAUGACAAUCGGCAUGCAUUUCAAAGUUCUGUCUCUAGUAUGGAACAUGGGCUGGGGAAGAGGAAACUUGUCACAGCAAGGCAGUCUCGCAAUUUUAUUGAAUGGAUUCCACUAGCAAAUGAACUAAGGAAUGAGAGACCCCUCAUCAGCACCUAUAUGGUCGAUUUUUGGAAACAGGAGAAUAUGGUUAAGGACAGAUUUCCUCAGCUUCUGGCUCCAAGGUUCACUCGGGUAAUAACCGCUUUUCCCAGUCGUACAAACUAUCAGAUGAACAGUCAUCAAUCUAAACACAACAAAGAAACGGACAGCCGCCAACAAUCUGACAGUGUAACCGUCAAUGACAAAUCUCAUUGCUUAAAUGUCAGGGAUGCUUUAUGUUACAGAGCCAGGACAGCGCCACACAAAAGAUUGACAGUGUCUGACUGUCUUACUUGGCAUCAGUUUGAAAAUGUGAAACAGGAAAAAAUGCAAUACCCCAAGGACAACAUAGAAAGAAUAUGA